CAAAAUCAUCAGGGCAAGACAUCGACCACCUUGACUUCAAAAUCGUGGUGGAGCCAAAGGAUUCCUCAUCUUUUACGGUUAUCCUCGUGGCCUCAUCCAGGCAGGAGAAGGCUGCGUGGACCAGUGACAUCAGCCAGGUAGGAGGGAGCCGGCAGCAGGGAGGGCAGCUCUUGGUUUUGUUCCAGGCUGGAACCACAGAUAUCUUGUUUCUCUGCAGGUCUGAUGCCAGCUUGUAUUGUGAUGAUGUUGACAUUAGGUUCAGUAAAACGAUGAAUUCCUGCAAGGUCCUGCAGAUCCGCUAUGCAAGCGUGGAACGGCUCCUGGAGAGGCUGACGGACCUGCGCUUCCUGAGCAUUGACUUUCUGAACACGUUCCUGCAUUCGUACCGCGUCUUCACCACCGCCCUGGUCGUCCUCGACAAGCUCAUCACGAUCUACAAGAAGCCGAUCAGCGCCAUCCCCGCACGGUGCUCCCCAGACCCGCCUGGCUCAGAGGUGUCUGUCAGGGAGGAGUCGGACACGGAUCCCAACCAGAGCGACGAAGCAGAAGCUGAAACUUCCCCAACAAAGUCUCCGACGACCCCGAAGUCCAUCAAGUGCAAGAAUUCAUCAGGUAACAAGACCUUGACGCAGGAGGACCCAGGAGACAACCAGAUAACGCUGGAGGAGGUCGUGCAGCUGGCUGAGGGGGUCAAAGCGGAGCCUUUUGAAAACCACUCGGCCCUGGAAAUCGCGGAGCAGCUGACGCUGCUGGAUCACCUCGUCUUCAAGAAGAUCCCGUACGAAGAGUUCUUUGGGCAAGGCUGGAUGAAGCUCGAGAAGAACGAAAGGACUCCUUACAUCAUGAAGAACACAAAACACUUUAAUGACGUCAGCAACUUGAUAGCGUCGGAGAUCCUCCGGAACGAGGAGAUCAACGCGCGGGUGAGCGCCAUCGAGAAGUGGGUGGCGGUGGCGGACAUCUGCCGGUGCCUGCACAACUACAACGCGGUGCUGGAGAUCACCUCCUCGCUCAACCGCAGCGCCAUCUUCCGCCUGAAGAAAACCUGGCUCAAGGUCUCCAAGCAGCCCAGUUACGCUUGUGACCCUCCGUGCGUCCCCUACCUCGGAAUGUACCUGACUGACCUGGCGUUCAUCGAGGAGGGGACCCCGAAUUACACCGAGGACGGCCUGGUGAACUUCUCCAAAAUGAGGAUGAUUUCGCACAUCAUAAGGGAGAUCCGCCAGUUCCAGCAAACCUCCUACAAGAUCGAGCACCAGCCCAAGGUGACGCAGUACCUGCUGGACCAGUCCUUCGUGAUGGACGAAGAGACCCUUUACGAAGCUUCUCUGCGAAUAGAGCCCAAGCUGCCUUCCUGA